UAAUGAUAGAACAUUUUUAAUACUCAAGUCUGGCUAGAUUUUAUACUUUAACAGAAAUGAGUCAAAUACAACUAAGACGACGCUAUCUUUUUUACUUCUAUGACUAAAGAAAUUAUCCGCCAUUAUCGUAUAUGGUGUAUAAUGUGCAUCAAUGGUUAUAAAGAAGCAAAAAUACAUUUAAAAAAUGUGAAAGCAAUAAAAACGGAUUUCGUUCUACAUUCAUUGUGUUACGUACAUUAUAAAUGAAACGUGUAUUAUUAUCAAAAUGAAUUGCAUGACUUAACAUCGAAGUGCUAAAUGAAGCUGAGUAGUAGAAUAGAAAUGUAUGUAGAUAUUUUAUAUUAAUAAACGAAAGAAUUAGAACUUAUAUAAUUUCUUUUACAUUGUUGAAGAUGUCAAUAGAAUAUAGUAGGAGUGUUUUAAAAAUGGUGGUUGCUCAAAUUUGUCAAACGAUUGGAUGGCAUUCAAUCAAUUCUACACCAUUAGAAUUUAUGGUUGAUCUUAUGCAAGAAUAUAUUUUACAAAUUUCAAGACUUGCUCAUCAAUAUGCAGAAAUCUUGGGAAGAACAGAAGCAAAUCUUGAUGAUUUAGGUUUAGCAUUUCGACAUAUGAAUAUUGAUAUACAAGAGUUAACAGAAUAUAUAAAAAAUGUAGAUUCUGUCCCAUGUCCUGUAACAGUACCAAAAUUUCCAGUUCAACGGGAAAAUCAUCUAAAUUUUUUGAAACCUGGAAGCCGGGAAGUUGUAACAAGGCCCGUACAUGUACAUGAACAUUUACCAGCCAUGUUUCCUGAUACUGAAGAAGAAUAUAUAGCAGAGAAAGCAGAAAAUUUAUUAAAUGGGACAUCCGACUUAACAUUGAAUAGUGGUACAUCAAGUAACAGUUCUAUAAAUGUAUCUCCUCAUAGGAUGUCACCACAAGUAGUAUUUAAGCGACCAGGAGAUCCUGUCUCAUUUGAAAGUCCUAUAACAAAGCGUGUAAAAGUACUGGAAGAAGGUAGACCAUUACGUGAAAUUCAUAGUGUCAUGAUGACUACUUCAGGUUUUUUAUCGCCUGCUCGAGAAGGAAAACUACCUGAAGCAAGAACCCCCCAUCAAACUUGUUCAGAUUCGUCACAACCUAGUUCUUAUCCUAUGGUACCCCCCGAACUAAAGUAUGAUAAAAAACCGAAAAAGAUUGUAAAGAAAGGAUUAGAAGAUUGUAAACUUGAUAAAGAAAAUAAGAAAAAGAAUCGUGCUAAGGAAUUAUUUAAACCAGAUAAGAUAGACGAUAAUAAAAUUAAAAAGUUGGCUGGUAUGAAAGAAUUAGCUAAAUUAAAACCUUUAAAGUCAGUAGGUGGGAAAUUACAAAGUACUAUGCCAAGCUCAUCAAGCAGACCAUCUACUCCUAAAUUAGUAUCACCUAAAACAGCUAUUAGCCCAAAAUUACAAAAAAGUACACAACCAAAGACAAAACCAGAAAAAUUAGUCGACGUUACUGGUAGAUCUCCACCAUCUAAUGAAAAAAAAGAAGACACUAUUGAUAAACUUCCAUCAGAGCCAGAUAAGCAAAAAUUGAACAUUUUUAAAAAGAUUUCAAAACCACGAGAGGAUAAAGAAAAAGACAUAUCAGACAUACAACAUAAAUACAAAGAACUUGAUUCAAGAGAAAGUUCACCUGGUUUAGUUAUUGAUGAAAAUAUUGAUAAACAAGCAUUGCGUAAUGAUAGUGAUGUGAAACGAGAAGAAAAAAAGACUCCACAUACGCCAGACGUCCACCUUCAACCAGAUGGAGGAGAAUUAAUUGGUUUACAAAGUCCAGGAUCAGAUGUUUACAUGUUUGAUGAUAUGUCACCACCAGGAACUCCCAGUACACCAAGAACUCCGGAAUUGAACAUGCCCACAACACCUACAGAUCAUAAAAAGAAGAGAAAAGAAAAGAUUAAUAAAAAAAAGGAAUUAAAAUCAAGAAGCCCAAAACAUUGCGUUAGUCCAAAAAAGACAAAGAUUAUCAACGAUGCGCCAGAACAGGAUAUACUAGAUCGACCGAAAACACCACAGGCACCUGAACCUCAGAUUUCCAAAGAACCAAGUUUUCCACCGACACUUCCAUUUCCUUUUUUCCCCACAUUUCCUCCAGCACCUGGUUUAAUACCGCAUCCAAUGUUUCCUAGAUUUCCAUUACCUAUAGGAAGAGGUAGUAGUGGCGCUCAUCCAGCAAUGUCAAAUUUACCAUUACCACCUCGCUUUUUAAAUUUACCACCAAAAUCUGAAGAUUUCUCCACUUUACAAAGAACCAAACCUCUCGAUCGGGAAAAGCUUCCUUCAACACCUUCCUCUACUGAAGCAACGCCUUCAAUGACAAAAUACGAAAAAACGGAGAGAGAAAAAGGAGAUAAAUCAAAGGCGGUUAAACAGGACAAAGAGAUACCUCCACCAGUUCCUACGAGUACCGUUGCACCGCCUUUAUCAUCUGCACUUGCAGCACCAAAUAUGUACCCUAAACCAGUACCUAUUGUGCCGUUAUUAUCUUCAAAAAGUCCCAAAAUUGAAAAACAGGAUAAAAAUGAUAAGAAAUCAAAGGAACAUAAGAAAGAAAAGAAAGAUAAAUUAAAAAAGAAGAAAGAUAAGAAAGAAAAGCACAAAGAGAAAGGGGAGAAAAUAAAAGAAAAAAAGGAUAAAAUGGAUAAAAAGGAAAAGGUGGAUAAAAUUAAAGAAAAGAAAGAAAAGAAAGAUAAGCGAAAAGAGAAAGAGAAAGAAGAUAAAAUUUCAGAAGCUGUACCAAAAAUAACACUAAAAUUAGGUACAGCUUCUCCAAGACCUCCAACGCCUGAUGCUGCUCCAAUGAAGAAAAUGGAAAUGUGUUAUAGAACUAUAAAGACAUUGCUGAAGAAGCCCGAGGAUGAGACGAAACGAGAACCAAGUCCCGAGUUGGCGAAAAUAUCAGCAUUAGUAACGCGGCCGCCAAAGCAAAAGUCGGCAAGUAAGAAAACAGAGGAGGGAACAUUAGAUGGAAGCCCUGCUCUUCCUACAGAUACUUUCUCUGCCAAUCUUACUAGUGUGCCACUCGCAACAGUUCCUCGAGCAAAGAAAUCUCUCUUCAAAGCCUUACCUCAAAGAGAGACUCCUCCAUCUCAAUUUGAUCCUGCUCCUAAGCUCCCACCUCCUCUGACGCAACAACAACCACCACCGUAUUAUUUUGAUCAAGGUGGUCAUAAAGUUUGGUUCUGUCCUGCAUGUGGUAACCAAGAUGAUGGAUCACCUAUGGUUGGUUGUGAUGAUUGUGAUGCAUGGUAUCAUUGGGUGUGUGUUGGUAUGCAAGUACCACCAGCUGACAAUGAGGAUUGGUACUGUCGCACCUGUAUAGCCAAAAAACAAGAACUUCAUCAUGAUAAAAAGAAGAAAAAGAGGAAGAAAAAAGUGAAAGUUGCUGCCUAGUACAAGCUACCCGGGUCUUGUAUAAGAUCCGGUAUAGGGAUUCAAACUACUACCAAAGUUAAAAAAGACAGCAAGCUUGGUGUAAAGAGUAUAAAAAGCAAAAAAUUAUCAAAAGCAGAAGUGAAGUUACAAAUGAAAUCAUUAAAAGAAAAAUCUCUACCAAUCAAGGGAAAGUCUGGGAAGACUAUUAUGAAGG